CCUCGCGCUGGUCUCGCCGGGGUCUCCAGUCAUGUCCAGCUGGGUGUUCUGUAACCGCUGUUUCCAGCCGCCGCACAGGAAGUUGCCCUUCAGCCUGACCAGCUGCGGGCACGUGUUCUGCGACUCCUGCCUCCGCAAAGAUAAAAAGGAUGAAUGCCUCAUCUGUCAAGUUCCGUGUCAUACGGUUUUACUUUCGAAACAUACUAACUCCAAUAUCCAGGCAUUCUUUCUGGGCAUAGAUGGUCUGUGUAAGAAGUAUUCCCAGGAGACCUCUCAGAUUUCAGAAUUCCAAGAAAAACACAGGAGAAGAUUAGUGGCCUUCUAUCGAGACAAGAUUGCUCAGUUGGAGGAGUCCCUCAGAAAGUCAGUGCUACAAAUCAAGCAACUACAAAGUAUGAGGUCAUCACAACAAGCAACUUUCAACACAAUCAAACAUUCAGUUGCAACAAAGCCAAAUGGCUAUCUCUUGCUGCCACCCAACUCUUCACUCCCUGACAGAAUAGAGUCAAUGGAAAUUGACCUGACUCCUCCAGCAAGAAAGCCUGAGAUGGCAGCAGGCCCUUCAAGAAUCUCUCUGAUUAGCCCUCCUCAGGGUGGACGCAUGGGUAGUGUCUCCUGCCGGGGACCCCAGCAUCUCAGCGUGACACCCAGCCAUGCCAGCAUGACGAAGGCUAUCAGAGUCCCACCGUUGCAGACGCCCUACAAGGAAGUCUCACCAGCUCCAGCAUCACAGUUAUCCAGCAGAGCAGCACAAGGUCCUUCCCCCAGCCUUAUUGGUUCAUGGACUGGACCACCUCGGCAGCCCAUCAGCAUCUCAGGGCUGCUGCAGAGGCAGUGUGCAGGGUCAGCAUCCUCUGGGGGGAUGGACAUUGAGAAGAGGAGCCCAUUUUUGCCCUCCACACCUGCAAAUCUGUGCUCUGCAGCCAGCCCCUGGCAUGUGUACAUUCAUCAGUAAAUAUCACUGAUCAUUCUAGAGAGAUGAUGUAACUAAAUA